AUGGGUGUUAGGCUUGUUCCAGGCCUUCAGGCGACGAGGACAGACUCUGUUCUUCAGACAUCAACCGAGCGAGGACCCUGUGUCAAUCCUAUCUGGUUCCCUUUGCAUUUCUUCUCCACAGCAUCCACUAGGGAAGCUUCCUUUGCGCAGCUCCACAGCUAUUCACCUUUUCGGACUGGACCCUUCAGAUUUAUCGCUGCCACCUUUAUCGCGAACCCUCCAUCUCAAGCUACUGAUCACCACCAUCAACACGCACUACGCACCACCACCACCACACCACUACGUCGGCUCCCUGUGCCAUCGACUUUCCUUGCUACAGACACGGGGAUGGCGUCCGCGUCGUUUCGUGACUCCAUGAAUUCCUUGGGAUGGACACUGGGGCAACCGGAUACUGCAUCUACCAAUCGAACAACCUCAAAGUCGGUAUUCGCGAGCAUUCAGUCACUUAACCCUUUUGCGGAUCGGGGUUAUGUUCAGCUUCCUGCACAAGAUGAUUCAGCUGCAUCUCUACCGGCUCCAACAAGGCGAGAGGAGGACGAAACAUGGUUUUCAUUAACUCGAUGGGACCGCAUGCUGAUAUUUGCUGGGUGUAUCGUUGGGGCUCUUGUGUGUUUCAGUAUUUGCAUAGGGCUCAUAUUAUUCCCUCUGAUGUUCAGGGCAAGGAAAUUUGCAGUUUUGUGGUCUGUGGGAUCCGUUCUCUUUCUCAUCUCCUGGGCUGUUCUCAUGGGCCCCAUGGCAUAUGUCAAGCAUUUAGCAUCGGGGCCUCGCCUUCCAUUCACUGGGGCCUAUUUCACGUCAAUUGGCCUAACUCUCUACUUUGCUAUCGGACUCCACUCCACGAUUCUCACCCUGAUCUCCUGCAUUUUCCAACUCAUUGCUCUCGUUUGGUAUCUCAGCCGCAGUUAUUGUUGUUCUGGCAUCCCUUUCAUCGUGCUUUCAUUUCCUUUCCUUAUGUUCCCUGUUUUCUGCUAG